UAAACAUAAAAACAUAAAAAAAAAACAUAAAAACAACACCCUAAGUCGAAAAAUAAAUAUUAAAAAGAAACAGCUGUGAUUUUUUUAUUUUUUAGAAAUAUCUAGUUUAGUCUAACAAGAAAGUCAAGCGAUUUAUCUAGAAAUAAUAUUCAAAAUAAAUGUGAUUAAAAAGAGGGAGAAAAAAAUCAAAAUAGGAAAUAAAUCACAAAACAACGGAAACAAGUGUUAAAUCCUUAAAUAUAAUUAAUGAAUUCAUAAAAGUAUGAACAAAUCCCAGUGAUACGAAAGAUGUAAACAAUUUCUUUUUUCAACACAAAAUAUUAAUUCUGUGCUGUCAUAUUAACGUUCUCGCCGGUUUUUUUUGUCACGGAAAAUCUGAUUUUAACAAAAGCACUCUUACUGGUCACAGAAUCUCAAUCCCACCACCAAAAAAAGAGUCUUCUUCUCAAAACCGCAAUCCACACCGCUUAAGAAAAUGCCCAAUAUUAGUUUUCUGAAUCGCUUUCAACCGGCACCCUUAUACAUCGUCUUAUUUCUGUCGAUAUGUUACUUCAGUGUUCAAUUGAUUUUGAGCCAUUUGACGCAUGCUCUCACUUUGCUAAUGGCCUCAUAUCAUAUGUUGUGCAAUAUUCUUGCACUGGCCGGCAGUCUAGUGACCAUAAAGCACAAUGAACUACACAAUAGUGAUGAGGAAAAACGUUAUUCCGAAACAAGUUUACACACCAAAUCGGGAGAGAAUACAGAAAGCGAGACUAAACCAAUCACAGCUGUUGAUGGCAUUGUGGCUGUCGUCCAUGUGGCCGAAGAUGAGGCCCAAUUGCGAGAGAGAAAACGGCUUGAACAAAAAACCCGCAACACCUUCGGAUGGGCUCGCAUUGAAAUACUUACCAUGUUAAUUAUUUGCAUAACCCUGGCAUCUCUGUCAUUUUCCCUGCUUGUCGAGGCAUUGCAGACGCUGGUGCAUAUCGAUCAUCAGGACUCAAUGCAUUUGCCUGUGCAUGUAAUGAUACUUGGUGUCGUUGGUUUACUCUUAAAUGGUUUCACAUAUAUCCUUAUUGGUGGCUAUACCCUGCAUCAGGGUAAUUUUCUUCAUAUCAACCCUAUGGGUAAAGUUGUGGUGGAAUCUUCAAAUAUUACCAUAGAAUCGAAUGGCUUAACCAAGGGCAGUAUUGUUAGCAGUAGUGAUCAUCAGUUGAGGGAGGAUUUAAAAUCGGAAUUGGGCAAGGUACACUAUCAUACAAGGCGUGAGGGUCCCGCUGAGCUGUUGCGUGAUGUCUCCAGUACAAUAUUUGUUAUUGUUUGUGCUGUAAUUGUGCACUUUGCCAAGGAUAAGGAGCACACAGCGAAAUUUAUCGACCCGGUGCUAUCGAUAUUUUCCUGUAUCCUUGUGGUGGCCCUGAGUUAUCCUUAUAUGAAAGAAGCCUGCAUGAUUCUGCUGCAAACUGUUCCCGGAACAAUAGAUAUGGAAAACUUCGAACGCAAUUUGGUUACAAAAUUCCCACAAAUUGUCAGCUACCAUGAUCUGCACAUAUGGCAACUCUCAUCCCAUAGCUACAUUGCCACCAUUCACAUUAUUUUCAAAACCCCUAAAUUAUAUGAAAAAACCAUAGAAGACAUCAAAUCGCAUUUCCAAGAGCAUAGAAUAGCUCAUAUUACCAUCCAGCCGGAAUUUCAAGUUGAGGGUGUGGCAAUUGAGGCCGGAGCAACCAAAAACUCCAUGGAAUGUCUGAUGCAAUGUCAAAAUCCCGAUUGUGCCGAUAAAAUGUGCUGUAAAGAUUCUCAAACCGAUUUGAGAGAAGUCAGUGUAUGUGAUGGUCAUGGUCAUGAUGGUGGUAAAAAAUCGAAAAAACAUCACAACCAUCACCAUGGACAUAGUCAUGGCCACACUGGGCACAGUCAUGCUCAUGGCCAUAGUCAUAAAACCAAGCCAGUAAAUCAUAAACACAGCAGCAAACAAUGUGAUAAAUCUAAAGACAAUGAAAUGACCACAAUGGAAAAUCUAGGAAAGCAAAACGAAACCGCAAUAACUUCUGCAGGCCAAAAAGUUCCUAAUCUAGAAGAAAAACACAACUUAGACAAUAAGGGGGAAGAAGCAGCAUUAAAAGUGAUAACUCCAUCCAGUACCACAGCUACCGCAAAGACUGAGAUUUCUUCGGUGGUUAGUGAUAAUAGCGAGGCUAGUACAGAAACAAUGCCACCGUCAAUUCCCAGCACCACCACUUGUUGUGGUCACGAUAAUCAGCCGACAACAAGUAGCAUAACUAAAUGUUAAUUUUAUUUUAUGUCUAAAAUGUUGUUAAUUUUCUUUUUACAAAACCCUGGAAACCAAAGAAAAUUCUAAGCCAUUAUUUUUUAGAAUUUUUGGAAUUGAUUUCCAUUUUGUAUUUAUUUUUAUGUGUGUGUGUUUUUU